AUUUUGGCGCUGAGACAGAGGCCUCAAGCAGAGGGGCUUUUGUUACAGCUAGAGGGAGGGAGACGGCUAUAAUAAAAUAUAUGGGAGCCAAAUUUCCCUAGGUCUGCAGGAGCAUCCCGCAAAAAAACGGGGCCUCUCCCGAUUCCACAGCCACACAUCCUAUUAUGGGGAUCGACAUACGACUGAUCUAGCCCCAUUUUCUUUCCAAACAACGGAUUAGACAAAAAAAAACGUGGAGUCAUAGGUCUUUGUGUUGAUAUAUUUAUGUUAACUGCUGCAGGAAUCCAGUUUAUUUGGUGUAUUUGUUUAGAAUGGAACACGCUGAAGAAAACGCUAGCAGGCUAAUGUUAGCCAACUGCUGGUCAUUGCAGCAGGCCCUGUAAGAGAAAGGGAAACUUAAGGAUGCUGGAGCAGAACAAUGGAUUUCUCCUUCUCUUUCAUGCAAGGGAUCAUGGGAAACACAAUUCAGCAACCCCCUCAGCUUAUUGACUCCGCCAACAUCAGACAGGAGGAUGUCUAUGAAGCCAUCAGUGACCCAGGAGAUGAUGGAGGACAGCAAAACUUUGAGUCUCCUUUGGAGUCAGGCUUUUCUUACCCUGCUGAAGACCUCCCAGUUAUUACAAACGGUUACCCAACGGGCGUAGGUACCUAUGAGCAACAGGCCAAGUUUGCCUUGUACUCUCAGUUCCCCAAUGGCUCAGCCAAUGGCUACGGUGCCAUACGAAACUAUGGUGAUCACGGUUUGCUGCUCGGUGAGGGCACAGUAUUGAGACCCCCAGUGGUCCAGGAGAAGCCACCAACACACAUCUCACCUCCGCCUCAUCCCCAUCAUCAUCACCAGCCUCAUCAUCCUCCUCACCAUCACCACCAUCAGCAGCAACAUCACCCACAUAACCCUCCACUGUUACCUCACCACCAUCACCCGCCUCCUGUCUCUCACUUAAUGCCUCACGUGUUGCCGCCCCCUCCUCCCUUGCUCUUGCCCUCUUCUCCACCCCUCCUGUCACCUCAAGAAAGCACCGUCUCCAACCCCACUGUUCAAUCUACCAACACUCCAAAAAAGACCAGCUCCCCAGAGAUCAAAAUAAAGAUCAUUAAGACCUACCAGAACGGCAGGGAGCUGUUCGAGUCCUCACUGUGUGGGGACCUGCUGCAAGAGUUUCAGUCCGGCGAGGCUUCAAGGAGAAGACAUGAGCAGAAGAAAGAGAAGAGGAAAAAGAGAAGCAGCAGGCAUGGUGCUUGUCACGAAGAGGAGAGCCAGCAGCCAUGCAAAGGCAUGGAAGAACGUUCCAGUGUUGUCCACAACCCCGCACAGCCCAGCGAAGGUCAUGUUGCCUUCAGAGAAGAGCAACCUUCUUCAACCCUCAAAAGCCCCAAAGCAGAACCCAAGGAACAGAAAGUCGAAAAGCACUUUCCUUCGGUCAUCACUAGCACUGGCUCUUGUCAAGAGUAUGAGAUCGGUGACUUGGUGUGGGCUAAGGUUGGGACGUAUCCUUGGUGGCCGUGCAUGGUGUCAUCAGACCCUCAGUCAAACGUUCAUAUACGUCUUAAUACGAGAGGUGUUAAGGAAUUCCAUGUGCAAUUCUUUGGGAGUGUCCCUGAGAGGGCCUGGAUACAUGCGAAAAGAAUUGUGGUGUACCAGGGUGAGAGCCAAUUUGAGGAGUUGCAGGCAGAAACACUCCGGAAGACAACCAACCCAACGGAGAAACAAAAGUUGCUGAAGCCUCAGUCACAGAAGGAGCGUGCCCAGUGGCAAGUGGGUGUGGGUCACGCUGAAGCCGCACUGCAGAUGACACGAGAAGAACGCAACGAGACCUACACCUUCAUCUACAUCGACAAGGAACCAGGUGCUGCUGGUGCUGGUGCUGCUACUGCCGCUGCUGCUGCUGCUGCUGAAACUGAAACUGAAACUGUGACCUCACCUAGGGCGACUGGUAAAAACCGGCCUGAACGCAAGCAAAGACGCUCUAAAGGCAGUGCCGGAUCCAAAGAGGAGCCUGUGCCUCGUCGGCAGCAGCCACGGAGGCAGUGCAGCAUCAAUAGUAGUGGGGAACCAUCAUCUCCCAAUCAGGGAGAGGAUGAUAUGGACCAAGAGCAACCCCGUAGCCCACCAAAACCAGAUCCCCACCCACAGGAACCCACCCCACCUCCAGUCAGGACACCUUGGAGGACCGCUGCAGCCCGCAAGCUCCUCCCGCUCUCCAUUACCAUGAAGAAACUCAACGUGGAGAUCAUAAAGUGCGACUGGCAACUCCCAAAGCAAAAGGUGGACUUACCUAAGACGACAGAGAGUGAGGAGAGGCCCAGCGAUCAGGUUCAGUCCCCUGAGGGCUCCAGUGAUAAAGCAGAAGCAGAGACGUGUUCCAGUGAAGAGGAGCGAGCUGCGUCUCCCUCAGGCUGGAGUGACCAGGAGAGCGCUGAGCACGCUUCAGCAGAGCAAUCCACAGAGAGAAAACAGCAGCGCCGGUCUGUGCGAAGCCGUUCCGAGUCAGAGAAGAGUGUGGAACCAGUGCCAAAAAAGAAAGUGAAGAAAGAACAGGCUGAAACAGCACCUCAGAUGGAUUUCAGAACAGGGUCGCAAAAAGGUGCCAGUGAGAUCUCAGACUCGUGUAAACCACUGAAGAAACGCAGCAGAGCAUCUACUGAUGUGGAGAUGGCCAGCUCACUGUACAGAGAUACUUCUGAUUCUGACUCCAGAGGCCUCAAUGACCCACAGACCGGAUUUGGGAAGCGCUCGGACAGUCCUGCUACAGUAGAUGCUGACGGAUCUGAUGCACAGUCCGUGGACUCCAGCCUGUCCCGUCAGGGAGGACAUUCCUCAAAAAAGGACACAGUCUGCCAUGUGUGUGAAUCAUUCGGGGAUUCUUUGGUGAGCUGUGAGGGAGACUGUAACAGGCUGUUUCAUCCAGAGUGUAUGGGAUCUAACAGUGGAACAGAGGGUGAACUACUGUGUCCAGAGUGUAAGACAGGUUCCCACCCUUGUUUCUCCUGCAAGGACAUGGAGGGUGAUGUUAAGCGGUGUUCGGUGAACGGUUGUGGCCGUUUUUACCACGAUACCUGUGCCCGCAAGUUCACUGGCACCACCACCGAUACUAGAGGCCUCCGCUGCCCUCAGCACAGCUGUGCCACAUGCUGUCUCGACAGAGACCUUCACAAAGCUUGCAAAGGCCGUAUGAUGCGAUGCAUCCGCUGUCCGGUGGCGUAUCACACAGGAGACGGCUGUGUGGCGGCUGGCAGUGUGUUGAUAACACCCCACAUCAUCAUAUGUAGCAACCACUCCAGUUCCAGGAAGAACGGACACUUUUCCUCACCUGUAAACGUAGGCUGGUGUUUCAUCUGCGCUCGAGGGCUUUUAGUGCACGACCAUACUGACACCAUAUUAAGUUCAUAUACCUUUAAGUCGCACUACCUUCUGACUGAGUCAAAUCGUGCUGAGUUGAUGAAAUUACCUAUGAUUCCUUCUUCUUCGUCAGCUACCAAAAAGAAUAUUGGGAAAGGAGGAAGACUGUUGUGUUGUGAGGCCUGUCCCGCCUCAUUCCACCCCGAGUGCUUGAACAUGGAGAUGCCAGAGGGGACGUGGCUGUGUGGGGAAUGCAGAGCGGGAAAGAAGCCUCACUAUAAGCAGAUAGUCUGGGUCAAGCUGGGCAACUACAGGUGGUGGCCCUCUGAGAUAUGCAACCCUCGCCUGGUUCCCUCCAACAUCCAGAGCCUCAAGCAUGACAUUGGCGACUUUCCAGUCUUUUUCUUUGGAUCACAUGACUAUUACUGGAUAAACCAGGGCAGAGUUUUCCCAUAUGUUGAGAGUGAUAAGAACUUUGCUGAGGGGCAGGUUGGCAUCAAUAAGACAUUUAAAAAAGCACUUGAGGAGGCAGGAAAAAGGUUCCAGGAACUAAAAGCACAGCGAGAAACCAAGGAGGCCCUCGAACAGGAGCGCAACUCUCGCAGACCCCCACCAUACAAACUUAUCAAGUCCAAUAAGCCAGUUGGGAAGGUGCAGUUGCACGUCGCUGACCUCUCAGAGAUCCCACGUUGCAACUGCAAACACUCAGAUGAACGUCCGUGCAGCCAGGACUCUCAAUGCUUGAACCGCAUGCUGCAGUACGAGUGCCACCCGCAAGUCUGUCCCGCAGGUGACCAUUGCCACAACCAGUGCUUCUCCAAACGCCUCUACCCUGACACUGAGGUCAUUAAGACCAGCGGCCGAGGGUGGGGCCUAAAGACCAAGCAGGACCUCAAGAAGGGGGAUUUCGUCAUGGAGUAUGUUGGGGAACUGAUUGACUCAGAGGAGUGCAAGCAACGAAUACGAAAUGCUAAUGAGAAUCAUGUGACCAACUUUUACAUGCUGACCCUCACAAAGGAUCGUGUGAUUGAUGCUGGACCCAAAGGGAAUUUGUCACGCUUUAUGAACCACAGCUGCAGUCCCAACUGUGAGACUCAGAAGUGGACCGUGAACGGAGAUGUGCGGAUAGGACUCUUCACUUUGUGUGAUAUCGCUGCUGACACGGAAUUGACCUUUAAUUACAACCUGGACUGUCUGGGUAAUGGGAGGACAUCGUGCCACUGCGGGUCCGAGAACUGCAGUGGUUUUCUUGGAGUCAAGCCCAAGAGUGCAGUGGUUAUGGAGAGGGAAGAGAAGGUGCGCAAUGCUAAACUCAAGCCCAAGAAGCGCAAACUGAAGGCGGAGAGCAAACAGACCCAUGAGUAUUACUGCUACUGCUGUGGAGAGGGAGGAGAGCUGGUCAUGUGUGACAAAAAAGAUUGCCCGAAGGCCUACCAUCUCCUCUGCCUCAACCUGACUAAACCUCCAUACGGGCGAUGGGAAUGCCCCUGGCAUCAGUGCAGCGUGUGCCAGCGCGCCGCCGCCUCCUUCUGCCACUUCUGCCCCGCCUCCUUCUGCCGAGAGCAUGAGAGAGGACAGCUGGCAGUGUCUGCCCUGGACAACCGGCCCUGCUGCUCCAACCACGACCCCCAGAGACCCUUAGGGCCUCAGGCUAACACUAGCCAGCUCGCUGUAAAGAAGGAACUGAUGGAACCCGGAGAGGAAGGGGACGACGGCAACGAGGAGGAAGAGGACGACGACGAGGGGGGAGAGGGAGAGUGAAUGGGCCAAAGCACCAAGAAAGCGUUGAAAGCCACUUCAAAGUACAUGAAAGUUCAAACUACAGUAGAUACAUGCAGCUAGCUGGUCCACUUUUCAUUUAAAGCAAGUGGACUUGACAAACUGGUUUGAUUCAUUCCAAAUCUACAACAGCUGAUAUGAAUUUUUCGAACAUAUCACUAUUUACGGCCUCAUGUCAAAUUCAUACGGGCUUAUAUAACAAUAUAAGCGACUCACUUCUUGUUUUAUAAGCAAAAGCUCCCAGCUAAUUCUCCCUGUUUUUUCAGACGUGCUCCGUUUCGGCAAAAAAAAACACACUCGGUUAAAGCGACGCCUUUCAGCGGCAAAGUCAGUUUCCACAUCUAUGGUACUUUAAAAACACGCUAUAAACACUUUAAACCAAGAACUUUAUUUAUGUACCUCAUGUAAAUAGCAAAGACUGUUGUAAUAUGUGUCGGGCGCAACCAUUCGCCCCUCUCCAGUAGGAUUUCACUACGUCUGAAUAUGAGCCUGUCGUAACAUCAAAAAAAAAAGAAAAAGAAAAAAAAAGAUUGAUUCAAAAGACAUACGAGGUUUGUUCAACUGCCCCCCCCCCCCCCCCCCCCCUCCUCCCUCCUCCAGUGAGUUUGUGAUUUGUAAGAUAUAUAAUCAUUAAUAUAUUUAUGUCGAUGUUUACAUCCAUUCACAAUGUACAGUAUUAUUCAUCUGUAUUAGUCAAUUUGAUAUCACUAAUCGUGUUGUUGUAUAUGUGCCCUUUUUGUCAGCAAAAUUACAUAAUUGCUUGGCCGGUACUGUAUUGCCCUCAUCUUUUGGUCCAUUGAGUAAAAAUUCAGAGUUAGAAGUGUUAGAAAUAACUAUCGGUCACCCGAGAAGAUCAGUUCCGACGUGUCCAAACGGUAACAUUUGACGGUGUAGUGUUAAGCCACAUAUACUCCAACACUGCCAUGUGUCUUAAACAGAUAUUUACCAUUGUGAGUAUUGAACAGGUGCCAGUGUGUUAUAUCAAAUACGAGGAACCCAUAUGUUUCCGAGCAGCGCUAGUUGUGAGACUGUGAGUACAAUCUUUAAAUAAUGUGAUUUAUUUUAUUUUUUUUAUUUUUUUUUGCUUUACAUUUGUUUCCGAGUGUAAAUAUAAUCAGACUUACAGUUUUUUUAUUUUCGAUCGUAUUUCACGCUUCGUAUAUUGGCGUACUCAUUUCAAAGGUAUCAAACCGUACCUUAACCGCACACUUUGGUUUAUCUCCUUAAGCAUCGUUCGUCGAUUGCGUUCGGUUGUAACGACACGCGCUUCUUUGCUAAAAACCGAACCGUCGGAUGUAGUGGGAGGGCUGUACGGUUUACGGCAGAGUGUAGCAUAUUCCUCUCUGUGACUUGUUCUUGAUGUGAAUCUACUUAACUCAAUAGCUUUGAUGCCUGUGCUGUAAAGUGGAACUGUUACUCUCUUGUUACUGGUAGCUGUGCAGUCGUGCUGUGCCACAGUUUGCACGGAUGAAGACUCGAUCUCGACGGCUUCGGCACAUGGGCUUUGUAUACUUACUCGUUAGUCAUUUCACAUGAACGUUUUUAUAGACCACAGUACAAGUAUUAUACGUGAUGGCACCACCAGUAUGUUUGUCACUUUAUGGAAAGGAGGGAAAGCGCUGCAAGUUUCAUUUUACUUGAAUCGUGUCCAUUUUGCUUUUUGUUCAUUUCUGUAUUUAUUGUUAUUUGGUCUCGAAAUGGAGCGUUGUUGGUGGAUAUCUGUACUGGAUCCUUGCAUCCGACGGCAAAUUUAAGGAAUUCUGACGAUUUGACUGCCAAACUGAGAUUUGUAUGUUUAUGAAAAUAAUGUGUGCUCUUACUUGCGCCUGCGUCGUCUUUGAAACAUGGAAGGCAUUUUGAGUCUCUUUUGCUUGUUUAUGUUCUGAUAUGCGAUAUUUUUAUAGUUUACAUUUAUUUUUAUAUAGCUUACUUUUAUUUUUUAGAAUUCAUAGGCACUUGUUUCUGAAAAUACCAAUAUUUGCCCUUAUGUUUAUGAUUAAAAAUAUCAAGAAAAUGCAGUUGGCGGGAUGCAAAGCACAUGUUUGUUUUGCCUGGUCAUUGUUGGUACUAUUUUUACUCUCAUUUUAAUUUUCUAUAUUUGGCCUUUUUUUAUUUC